GAGUAAACGCAGAUAAUGAGCAGUGUACUUCGCGCCCCCGGAUCGACUCCUGCGCAUGUAAGGCAGUGAGCGCGUGUGAUCGUUGCUGGUGUGUGCUUGCUUGUUUUUUUUUUUGUUAAGUUUUUCUGUGACUUCUAUUUGUGUUUUUUAAGUGUGUUUAUCUCUACUAUGAAAUAAUAUAAUGGAAAACAAAGAUCAAAUCUCAAAAGACAUAGAAAAAGGCUUAAAUUCACCAGAAAUAAAACAAAACGAUGACAUUCCAUACGUAGAUGACUUCGUUGAACUAAAUCUAGUCAAACCAGACGAACCUGUCCGUCCAAAGCGCGCAAAAGAUGAGAAGGAAGAUGGGGAACCACACACACCAGAAAAGGAUAGAAAACUGCAUGCGUCAGAUUUGGGAGAAGUACAUUCUUCGCCAAAUAAUGAUACGAUAAUAGUGAAUACGCCAGAAGGGACUCUAUAUAUAACUUUAGAGCCUGAUUCUGCUAGAUCAUCGAAGCCUACUAGUCCUACUACAGAGUCUACUGAUCUUGAAGCUAUGCCGAGUACCAGUUUUGGAGCAGCAGAGUCUGACGCACUGAUUCAGAAAGAGAGAGAAGCAGAGAUGAUGGAACAGAGGAAGAUAGGUCUGAGAAGGAAUUCCAUUUCGAUGCCGACGUUGCAGAACUUGGAGCUGGAGGUGUUGAAACAGCAGUACCUGAACCCACAGGACGAUAUUCCUGAACAUCAUCAGAGCUCAGCGUCAGGAUUCAGUGAUGGCGACAACACGGCUGAUGAUCACACUGAAGUACUAUCCGAUGAUGAUAGAGUCAAGACUCCCCUCCGCUCCCCCCGCCGCAAGUCCACGGCCCCCCGAAGGUUUGGCCGCUCGGAGUUCAGCAUGGACGACGAUGACUACUCUCCCAGUAAUUCUGUCACCUCUGUCAACUCACUCGCCAGUCUACUCAGGGAGAAGUUACAGAGCAUACCCCAGAAGAUCCGCAAGAAGCCGACAGACUACAAACUCCGUGCGUUCGUGGGUCUGAUGUUCCUGGCCAUCGUGUUCUUCGUGGGCUUCGCAUACGUGCUGUACCACCAGCAGGCGCUCACCAAGGCUUACUUUGAUAAUGUACAGUUCAACGAACCGAAGCGACUCAUCCGGAUCUACAAUAAGGAUGAUGUGGAGAUCCUGAGGGCUAGUUUAGCGGUGAACAUUCAAGGCAAAAUGAAAGCGUACCCAUGUCUACCUGAACACCGCCGCAAGGAUGGCUCGGAAUGCCUGGAAUGGCUGCAUACUCUCCGUUUCUACUUGAAGUCCCUGCCUCAUGACCCUGGCGUUGAUAACACCACCUGCUACUCCGUGCACUGGAAGGCGUUAAGAUCUGAUGUCUAUCCAAACGAUUGCUUCGACUGGGGCGCGACGAAAGUGCACUGGUUUGGGGGUGGUCUGUCCUCCAAUUUGACCUGGCCCUUGGAGAGCGGCUCAUUAGAUUACACUCCUUUCAUCACAGGAGACAUGCAAAAGAACCAAUGGGGCAACGUCCUUACAAGAUACUUUAUAAACUCCAAGGGAGCUGCCAUUAUCGUAGAUGAUGAGACACCUCUUCACGUCUCCGUUAACAAGGGAGGCAAACACAUUUGCCUUAAAGCUAUGUACCAUGAAUUUGCAUAUCCUAAUAAACUGACUGAAUUCCCUGAAAUGAAGUACAACAUUUGUACAUCUGAAGAUAUGGCGUCAUUGCACUCUUCGAUCCACAGCCAUCGACGAGCUCCAUUAUGGGACGGACUAAAACCAGCUGACAUGCAAACUUUAGAAUCUCUUAUAUCUGAACCAGUUUGGCAAAUAGCUCCUCGGUUCAAAGAGGAAUUACAAGCAGAAACGAUUUCAAAAUACACUGAAGAUGUUAUCAACCUUGGAUUCUUGAAGCAAGGACAUGUGCUUAUCAAUGAACAUUGGCAAAAUGCAAUUGGUGAUUUAUCUGUGGAUACAAGUCGAUUCCAAACUUUGAAUACAACUGUAGAUAAAUUGCAUAGACGAGGUUUCAAGGUAGCGUUUACCAUUCAACCGUUUAUUAGUACUGAGAGCAAAAACUUCGCAGAAUGUGUCCAGAAGAGAUUGUUGAUCAGUGAAAGAAAUAGUGACAGACGUAUACCAGCUUUAACCCGCUUCAAGUCGUUAGCUAGUGCUGGAGUAUUAGACAUCACAAACAACAGAUCAGUACCUUGGUUUUUGGAGAAGUUACAGGCAGUGAUCGAUGAGUACCACAUCGACUCUUUCUUCUUUGAUUUGGGAACAGCUUACGAUAUGCCUCAUUACUUCCGUUGCGAGCAUCUUCUGACCAACCCGGAUCAAUAUAAGAAGAUCUUCACUAAGACGUUUGAGAAGAUGUUUAAUAUCAUUGGAGUGUCGUCAGCAGUGUCACUACCUCGUCCUCCAAUCUUUGUUUCCCUUCCACCGUUUGAGUCUACAUGGGAAGCAUUGAAGUUGGUUAUACCGACUAUGUUAACAUAUGGUGUGAAUGGUUUUCCGUUCAUAAUGCCAGGAGCUGUCGGCGGUGAUAUUUACUGGCCUGGAAGUGAACAGUUCCUUCCAUCCUCCAAAGGCAUGGUGGACAUUACAAAUAGCACUCAGGAGAAUGGAAUAGAGUUACCAGAUAAAGAAUUGUACAUGAGAUGGCUGCAGAUGGCGACGUUCCUGCCUGUAAUGAAGUUCACUCAUCUCCCGAGCAAGUAUAAUGAUGAGAGAGUGUUGGAGGUGGCGAAGAAUCUGACGGCACUGCGACAGAGGAUGGUGACACCCUUACUGUUGAAGUACAAACGCGAAGCCCUAGAAGCUGGGCUGCCACUCCUGCGGCCGCUGUGGCUGCUGGGUGCUGGAGACGCUCCCCGUGCGUUGAAGGAUGAGUUUGCCAUCGGCAGCGACAUCGUUGUCGCACCCGUGCUCGAACAAGGACAGACUACUAGGGAUGUGUACCUUCCAACUGGAUUAUGGCAGGACGGUAUCGACGGAUCUCUUCGCAAAGGCAACCGAUGGAUGCACGAGUAUAGAGUUCCAAUAGACAAAGUGGCCUACUUUGUUAGGAAACCUGAUGAUAUGAGGUUUAAGUGAUUCUAUGGCGUAAGAUAAAUGCCAUGGUUGCAAUCUUGUAUAGGUAUGUUCAUGCCAAAGUAAUUGAACAGAUUGGUUGUUCAUAUUAUGAAGCAGUAUGUUCAAAUUGAACAUUAAUCAUUUUUAUGUUGCUUGGGUAGUGUUUAAGUAGCAAACACUACAAUUUCUAGUCUUUUAUCGAAACAAAUGCAAUGAUCGUGAAUGAAAAUACCGUUAUUUUUUCGUUUAAAUAAAUGUGACAGGGGCGGAUUUAGAAUCUAUGGGGCCCUGCGACAGCAUUGUUUAAUAGCUCUAUCAUCAUGCCUAUAUAAAUUCUUCUUCUUAAAUUUCUUAAAUCUGUUUCCUUUAUUGUGAUUAUUUUCAAUUUACUGAUUUAUCUUUUAUUAUUUGCCAUUUACUAUUUUACUUUUUACUACUUUCCGUCCCUGAUUCAAAUGUAGAUAAAUAAAAGAUGCUUGUAUAUUAGAUGUUAUUUACAUGCAAGUUUAAUCUUUACCUUGGAAUACGAGUUUCAAUUGUAGUCUAUAAUUAUUUUGUAACAGUAAGUACAAUGUGCCAAUAUGAGCCUUAUUUACAUAAAAUACAACCAGAAUUUAUGCAUAUCUGAAGAAAAACCAUAUAUUAUAAAAUUUUAUCGCAAUAAAAACAGUUGUGAACACUGCCUCGAAGUAGAAUAAGAUAAUUAACAGUGUAUGUCCAGCUGUUAUAUUAGCCAGAGGUAAUAAUUAUGUCAUAAUUAUUAUUCCUUUUUUAAGUAAUAACAGUUCUCAGAAAUCCAGUCUGAGAAUUAAAAAAAAUGUGUUAGGUGGAUAAUUUGUAGCUAAUAUUAUACACAAAUUGGUUGAUAAAGUUUACCAAAAGUGAAGGAUGUGUAAAAAUUGCCAGUUUUUUUUAUAUACAGAGAAAAUAAUUGUAGUAAGUAAAAAAUCUUUGAAGGAAAAUUAUAAUUGCGAAUAAUUUUAUUGGUUUGACGUCCAUAGUAUAAAAUUUAUAAGUGAAAUAGAUGUAUCAACUCUUUUAGUACAUAAGUAAGAGUUUUAAAAGAACAUUGUAAAUACGUAAUAUCGUACGUAAAUAGUUAAAAAUGUGAUCACAUUAACAUUCCAAAGCUUUAGGUAUUUAGUUUAGUUAGUUAUGCGGGCAAUAUAUUUUUCGUAGAUAUUUUAUUUUUAUAUUGAUUCUGAUAAGUACAGGGGCGGAUCCAGGUACCGUACCAUGGGUGCAAAAGGGACCCGAACUAAUGAAUAUGCCUUUUUUGCAUAACAUAACAGUCCUGUAUAGUCCAUUGAACUAUGUCUCUGCAAAAGAAAGCCCUGGAUUUGCCCCUUUAUAGGUAAUAAUUUUAUUUUUUGAAAAUAUCUGAGUAUUUUGUUGGUUGUGUCACAAGUUGCCUUUUUUUAGAAAAAAAAUAUAGUGUUGUGAAAUUAUCAUUCCAUAUCUUAUAAGUAGGUUCACCAAGUAUUUAUAUUUUAAUAAUUAUUUAAGAUAAAAUAAAACGCUACAUUUUAUAUUAAAUUUAUGUAUAGUAAAGCUUGUUUGAGUAUGCAUUAUGUACCUAUGUUUGUAUUGUAUAUGUAUAUAAAUAUUUAGCUUAUAUAAUAUUAAAACGUAUAUUUGCCAAUAAAUAGUACAUUAUAUAAGAUAAGUAGAUAGUGUACGUUUGAAUCUAUUUUAAUAAGAGGACCAUUUUGAGAUUGUUUUACGAUGUAAUUUGGUAAUAUGAUAACAAUCAUUGUUAUUUGUAUAUAAAGAAAUCCCUUCAGUUUCAAAAUUAUCUGUUUAAGCACAUAUUCGGAAAAUUAUGUCUACAAUAAAUAGGACAAAAAUAUAAUUUAUUUAAAUUAUAAUAUGUAAAUUACUUCUGCUACCCCUUUGGGUAAAAAAAGCGUGAUGUUACGUAUGUUAUCCUGUGUAAUAAUUAUUAUAUAACUUUAGUUAUUGCUUUGUGUAAUGUUCAUUAUGAUUAUUGCCUAUGUAGAUAAUAAGCCACCAAAAACUAUUGUAUACGAUCGUUCUAAUGUAUUGAUAAGUAAUGCAUUUAAAUUAAAAAGAAAACUGUGCUGUUAUUAAAUGUUUUUAAAAUCUA